GAAAAGUACUAUGCUGGUCCACUAACUAUCCAGAGUGGAAUGAAGAGUAUAUGUUCAGCAAUGCAAAGACAAGAUUCAGGGCUUGAGGUUCGGGAUAGACUCUGGUUAAAAAUUACUAUUCAUCAGGCUUUUAUAGGUUCCGAGGUAGUAGACUGGUUGUUUAGCAAAGUUCAAGGAUUCACGGAUAGAAGAGAAGCUAAGAAGUAUGCUACUCAAAUGCUUAAGGCGGGGUUUAUAAAACAUACAGUGAAUAAAUCAACGUUUUCUGAGCAGUGCUAUUACACAUUCGGAGAUAUCGCGGCAGCACUAGCUAAUUGCAAUCUCAAGGAUUCUGAUGGGACAAAUUCCGAAACAGAUCGAGACACAUUAGGUCCCCUACCCACGCCACAGGCGGGUGUGUGGGCACCUACAGCCCCGCCUCCUUACCAUCCUCCUUCCCAUCCCACCUUCCCCGUCCCAACCAACCUGGGGCCAAUAUACAACCCUGCCCCACCUCCUUCAACUUAUAUGACUUUCAACUACUCUGAAGGGUCUGGUCCUGCCCCCCAGCAACCCUACCUCCCCGCCCACUCCCCCUCCAGUAGCUCAGGGCGGUCUGGACAAAUACAGUUGGCAGCUUCAGGAUCCGGCUCAGAUUCAGAUGUAGGGGUCAAUAUUAAUCAGGGAACCCAUUGGAAAGAGCAAGGAGGACCUUACCCCCUUCCUUCUCAAACAGGAACUUAAAGAAGUUCAAAGGAGUUUUAUGAGAUUUAAGGAGUUAUUUGAGGACUCCAUGAAUAACAAGAAGAAUGAAAAAUCAAAUCUGCAAUAACGUACUUGAUGAAUUAUAACGUUUUAAACCUAAUUUUGUUUGUAGAAAGAGUUAAAUAAUUUGAUAUACGAUGCCACGGUCCCAUACUAGUUGUCACUUUCUUGCAAUAAACCCGGAACAUUUUACACUUUUUUGUGUACUUUGUCACUGAGCUGAAAAAUAUUAUUUGCUGGAUACUGCAGUUUCAUUAAGUGCAUUGUUCAACCGGGAACAAUAGAUUAACUUCCCCUGGGCCUUUCCGGCGCUAAUGUUGGACAUUGAUUUUUAUUCAUUUUUAAACUUUCGUUUUCAAGAGUUUUAGAGGCUUUUCCAAUAUCUUAGCAUUUACGUGUUAUACACAAUUGUAUGUUUAAAAGAGAGCUAUUUUUAUUCAUUACAAUUUUACUAAUUUUUACUUGCAACAUUGUUGAAGUAUAAAUUUUGUAAAAUCCAAUAAAGCUAACUGGUAGGCAGUAGAAUACCUUUUUAGAAUAUGCUAAUUUUCUUUUGAUAUUGUGUGGGGCCUUUUAAAUGCCAAGAUCCUUAAUUGCUUUAAAACAAUAUAAAAAGGGGAUGCCCAUCUUUAUUAAGAUCAAGGAUGGGUACUCUUGUGGAUAUUGAGAUGAAUGCUUGAUCUUGAUCUUUUUUUAAUCCAUGUGUCGUCUGGAAAGUUAACAGACAAUCAGAAAACAUCUGGAAUAUUGCGCUUAAUCUUUGAGAGAAGAGAGAAAUUUCGAAUUUCUAAACUCAAGAGAUUAAAAGCUGCGUACAAUUUAAAAGUGCUCACUGGAGAUGUCAAGAUUAAGAGAUUGGGAUUAUGGGUAUUCAACGCUAAAAUUUCCAGAGCAGGCUUUAUAGAGGAUUUCUAGAAAUAUUUUCAAUGGUUCUGCAAUCUGCAUAACUAUAUUUUUAUAUUUCAUAUUAACGAAAUUUAGUUUAAAUAAUUUACCAAUGGCUGUUAAUUCAGGUUGAACAUAAAAAAUGUAGAUGGAACCCUUUCAAAUAGAAAACUGUAGAAAAGCAGAAAUAUUAAAUCCUUGAAUAAAAUACAUAUCGAGGGUUAAUUAAUGAAAUUUCCAUACUCUCAGAUACAUUAACCACCUCUACUAUUUCACAUCUUGAUUAAAAAUUAAGCCCCAGGGGGAUUAAGUCCCGACUCUCUCUCGACUAAUUCACACUAAAUAGAAACAAGGAAAAUAAGAUCAAAGGGAAUGAGAUAAAUUUACAGAAUAGUAAGAACAAAUCCUAUUUUGGAGGAUUAUAUCUAUACGUUCGAGGAUUUUUUAUUUUUACUUACAAGUACUAAGUACUCAAGUUUAUUGUAUUAAAUACUCAUCAUGCUCUUCCAGUGAAUUCAAUUAUAAUAUAUUUUAAGUACAAGCUUAUCGUUAUUGAAAAUAUUUGUGUUGUAUAAAUGUCUGAAAAGUAUGAUGAGAUGAGAACGUGAAAAAUGAAAGGAUGAGUCACUAAAUAUUGUAAAUCUCUGGCUCAAUCUCAAAAGUGUGCAAUCUCGAAAUUUUGAUUUUUUCUAGCACAUGUCUUGGGUUAUGUGUGUAAGACAUCUUCUGAGCAUAGCGCGGCUAUACCAGGUUUGCGACCGUGAAAUUAAUAUAAGUACUAAGCAGCUCAUUUUAGGUUAAACUGGGUUUGAUAAACGAUAAUGAUAAUUCACCCUUAUCCAUUAAGGUUCCAAUUUUUCCAAACGCCCUUAAUUCAUAUAAUUUUGUAACAUUGUUAACUGUCAAUCAAUGUUUAUUGCAUAAACAUUUACAAGUUAACGUCGUGUUGAUUGUGUUUAUUUAGAACUCGCAUCAUUAUUUGAUAUUUCAUAUUGUUUUCUCUCUUUUUCUCUCAAAUUAAAAUAUGUCUAUUAAUCCCUGUAUUGUAUCCACCUUCUGUUAAAGGGUGUCCACGAGUUUAAAUACUUGUUUCACCCUACACUGUCGAGGAGGGGGGGGGGGCUCCCCCAUCCCCUGAAGAUAAUCAUUAAAAACGAUUGUCAUCAAAUCAAGAGUUUUUCAAAAUAGAAAAUACUGGACACCCUUUCUUCUGUAUAAUUGUACACGUAUACAAUACAUCCCUAGCUGUGAUUACAUUAAGCUAUCGUCUAACAAUAAAUUGUAAAUUU